AUGGCUUCUCUUAGGACUCUCACCCUUACCAAUCGCUCUCCGAGGCAACCCAUCAAGAACCUCCCAGAGUCGAUCGAGGUUGGCCCUGACACCACCGUCGAGGGUCUCAAGGCCCUGAUCGCAAAGGAGGCCAAGCUUGGUGACUUCAACCGCAUUGGUAUCUACGAUCCUACCACCAAGAAGACCUUCAAGAAUCGCAAGGCUCGUCUCGUCGAUGAGCCCUCCGUAGUCUCCACUGGCGAGGUUCUCGUCAAGGAUAUGGGCUACCAGAUCCCUUGGAGAACCGUCUUCGUCGUCGAGUACAUCGGUCCCAUCAUCUUUCACGCCCUCGCCGUCGCUGCCCGCCCCUAUCUAUACCGCAAUGGAGAUGGAGACAUGUCCCAGACUCAGUGGAUUGCCUUUGGCAUGAUCAUGCUGCACUUCUUCAAGCGCGAGUAUGAGACACUCUUUGUCCACAAGUUCUCAGCCAACACAAUGCCCUGGAAGAACAUCUUCAAGAACAGUUUCUUCUACUGGGCCGUGUCGGGUGUCGUCUGCGCCUACUCCAUCUACUCCCCCAACUCGCUCGCUGCCAAGGCCGAUAUCCCCGCCAUUGACGCCGUUGGAGUUGCCCUGUACUGCUUUGGCGAGUUCAUGAACGCCCUUGUUCACAAAUAUCUCUCGACCCUUCGAUCUGCUGGCGGAACCGAACGCAAGAUCCCCGUUGGUUACGGCUUCGACAUUGUCACUUGCCCCAACUACCUGUACGAGAUCCUCGCAUGGAUUGGAAUUAUCCUUGUCAGCCGUGACUGGACUGUUGCUGUCUUCAUCUCCAUUGGUGCUGCUCAGAUGAUUGCUUGGGCUAAGGGUAAGGAGCGUGCUUAUCGCAAGGAGUUUGGUGACAGAUACAAGAAGAAGCGAUAUAUCAUCUUCCCUGGUCUCCUGUAG